CACUGCGGCGAGGUUUAGCAUUCUUCCCAGGGUUUAGCGUAGCGAAUAGCUAUGGCAGCGAGAUUCUUGAUUUCAAGAACUUCGCCGAUAAAUCUCCGCCAGCUUCUCCCUGCUUUCCACCACACUUCUUCUCACUUCCUCACAAACCUUCACUCUUCCAUUUUCCCCGACAAUUACUCAAAACCUCUGUCCGGAUAUUCAAGGGGCUUUGCCUCUGAACCAACCAACAAUCUCGAUGCAGCUGCGCUAAGCUUGGAUAAUCGCGUCUCCGCCACCAUCAUCACCGGCUUUCUUGGUUCGGGAAAGGUUUCCGCUCUUUUCUCUCUCGCUUUCUUUUCUUUCAAUUGUUUCAUAAAUGGAAUCUAUUACAUUGUUUAUCAAUCUCCCGUGAGAAAUGGGAGUAAGAACUUAACUUUUGCAACGCAGACUACUCUUCUGAAUCAUAUAUUAACAGCUCAACACGGCAAGCGAAUUGCUGUCAUCGAAAAUGAGUUUGGUGAGGUUGAUAUCGAUGGAUCAUUGGUUGCUAGUCAUUCUUCUGUGUCUGAAGACGUUGUCAUGGUUAGUAAUGGCUGCCUAUGCUGUACCGUGCGGGGAGACCUAGUUAAAAUGCUUUUGGAGCUGGUUAAGAAGAAACGAGAAAAGUUUGAUCAUAUCGUCAUAGAAACCACAGGCCUAGCUAAGCCAGCUCCUGUCAUAGAAACAUUUUGUGCUGACGAACUGGUUUCUCAACAUGUGAAACUUGAUGGAGUUGUCACAUUAGUUGACUCGAAGCAUGCCAUGCAGCAUUUGAAUGAAUUGAAACCCAGAUUUGUGGUAAAUGAGGUAGUUGAACAAGUUGCUUAUGCUGACCGAAUAAUUCUUAACAAGAUAGAUUUGGUAACAGAGGCUGAAUUAGAGAAAUUAACUGACAGAAUCAAGCAUAUUAAUGGGAUGGCACAAAUCAAGAGAGCAAAAUUUGGAGACGUUGAUGUUGACUUUGUUCUCGGAGUUGGAGGAUACGAUCUCGAAAGAAUUGAUUCCGAAGUUCAUGUAGAUGAUUGCCACUUUGCAACACAUGGAGAACAUGCUACAGGGCACAGAGAGCAUCAUCAUGACCAUGUGCAUGAUUCUGCUGUUUCUAGUGUUAGCAUUGUUUCGGAGGGAACCCUUGAUCUAGAUGAGGUUGAUGAUUGGCUUGAAAGAUUAAUUGAAGAGAAAGGGGAAGAUUUAUACAGAAUGAAGGGAGUUCUGUCCAUAAAUGGUUCUGAUCAGCGAUAUGUUUUUCAGGGAGUGCAAUCAAUAUUGGAUGGCUGCCCGGGAAAAACAUGGGAACCCAAUGAAAAGAGAACAAACAAGCUUGUAUUCAUAGGAAGAAAUCUGGAUGAGACUGCUCUUAGAAAAGGUUUCCAAGGUUGUCUAGUUUGAUACAAAAGCGGUUCUUUUGUCAAGUCUAUAGAUGAACAGAACAAGAGAACAACCAAGAUCUUAGAGACUAGUAACAACCACACUGGUGGUUUUACAGGCAGUGGCAUGCAGUUUGGAACGAGCGAAAGAAUUGCUAUUAAAA